AUGGUCAACUACCUCUCCACCCCUGUCGGCGAACCUCUACAUAACAUGGCUUCCAAGAUCGGUCUCGGCGUUCCGAUGCCUCUUUUCGCACCCGCAACUGCAACGUGGGCUGUCCCCUUCGCGGCCUACUACAUCUUCUUGCAGAACCGCAUUGUGUACCAGCGACUCACCACCGAAACAUACAUGGGCGACAAGACAGACUCGACCAAGGGCAACGACGAUCCUCUCUACGUCGCCUCGCGUGCGCAACUCAACUUCUCUGAGAACGUUCCUCUUGUCCUCGCAGUUGCAUUGCUUGCUGAGCUCAAUGGAGCUAACAGGACGUUCAUAAACUCGGCACUCGGAGCUCUCUUUGCCCUCCGCAUCAGCCAUGCUGAGUUCGGUCUGAUGGCUGCAAAGUCCAGCGGAGCUGGCAGGCCUGUCGGCUACUUCGGAACCCAGGCUGUGCUUGCGGCUCUUGCUGGUUACACAGGUUAUCUGGUCAAGGGCUACUGGCAGAUCUAA